GGCAAGGAGGAAGGCUGUUGAUGUGGUGCAAGGUGAUCACAAGCAGCAGUAUUUGAGGUUAAGAGAUUAUCUUCAAGCUGUUCUUGAUACAAACCCUGGGAGCAGGUGUAUAGUGACAACAUUUGAAGAUCCAGAAAACCCAGCACCUACUCCUAGAUUCAAGUAUCUUUUCUACUGUUUAGCAGCUUCAAAGGAAGGUCUUGAUGGAUGCUUCAUCAAGUUAACCACUGGACAACAAAUACUUGCAGCCACAGGAAGGGAUGGCAACAACAACAUCUACCCCAUAGCUUUUGGUGUGGUUGACAAGGAAGAUGGAGAGAGUUGGACUUGGUUUUUAACUCAGUUGAGAUGUUGCAUUGGUAGUGGCAACAAGUUUGGAACAUACACCAUCAUAUCUGACAGGCAAAAGGGCUUGCUUAAGGCAAUAAAUGAGGUAUUCCCUGAUUCACCUCAAAGGUACUGUCUUAGGCACAUAUAUGCAAAUUUCCAAGCAGCUGGAUUUAGGGGGCAGGAACUAAAGAAAUGUGUGGACCAGGCUAGCUACUCUUACACAAAACAUGGUCAUGAAUUAGGGAUGGCAGAUUUGAAAGCACAGUGUGAGGAUGCUUGGAAAUGGCUAAAAAAGAUUGAUGCUUCUGCUUGGGCUAGGUUUGCUAUGGAUCAUACAUGCAAAACAGAUAUAGUGGUGAACAACCUGAGUGAAGUGUUCAACAAGAUGAUACUGGAUGUUAGGGCUAAGCCUAUAAGGACAAUGUUUGAAGGGAUUAGGACCAAGCAGAUGAUCAAGAGGCAGCAGACCAGAGAGAAGUUACAGAUUAGCAGAUGGAACAUGUCAGGAGUGCCUUGCAGUCAUGCCAUAUCUGCAAUGACAAAGCAAAAACUGCAUCCUGAGGACUAUGUUAGUGAAUUUUUCAAGAAGACAUUAUAUUUUGAGACAUACAAAGAAAUUAUAUACCCUGUCCCUGGUCCAGAUUGCUGGCCUCAAUCAAACACACCAGACAUUGAGCCUCCUGUUUUUAAAGAAAAGGCAGGGAAAAAACAAACUGCAAGGAGGAAAGGGCAGUUUGAAGUUCCAGGUCCAAGAGAUAGUAGUAGGAUGGGGACUAUAACAUGUAGUAACUGUGGGCUAGAAGGACACAAGUAUACAAGUUGCCAGAAGGCUCUGAGGCCUAAGCUUCAGAUGAGGAAAAACAAACAUCAGGAAAAUAGGGCAGUUUAUGCAGAUACACCAGCUGCACCAGCUCAAGGCCAUGCUACAACUGGAAGAAGAGCCAAUCCUACUCCAGGACCUGCUGCAACAGCAAAUAGAGCAUCACAUUCUGCUCCAGGACCUUCUGCAUCAGCACCAGCCCCUGUUG